CGCGGAGCAGCCGGAGCAAAAAAAGGGGAAGCUCCGCGCCCUCGGCUCCGUGAGGCGCCGGUUCCCGGCUCCCCGGUGGGGUUCAAACUCCCCGCUCCUUUCACCCCCUCCGUGAAGGGCUCGGUUCCGAGCAGUCGGAGCGGCGCGAGGCCGCGGCACCACCGGCGCCAUGCACGGCGGUCCGCCCUCGGGCGACAGCGCCUGCCCGCUGCGCACCAUCAAACGAGUCCAGUUCGGGAUCCUCAGCCCCGAUGAGAUGAAACGGAUGUCGGUGACCGAGGGGGGCAUCAAGUACCCCGAAACCACCGAGGGGGGGCGCCCAAACUUGGGGCUCAUGGACCCCCGGCAGGGCGUGAUCGAGAGAACGGGGCGCUGCCAGACCUGUGCCGGGAACAUGACGGAGUGUCCCGGUCACUUUGGCCACAUCGAGCUGGCCAAGCCCGUGUUCCACGUCGGGUUUUUGGGUAAAACCAUGAAAAUCCUGCGCUGCGUCUGCUUCUUCUGCUCCAAGCUGCUCGUGGACUCGAACAACCCCAAGAUCAAGGACAUCCUGGGCAAGUCCAAGGGGCAGCCCAAGAAGCGCCUGACGCACGUCUACGACCUCUGCAAGGGCAAGAACAUCUGCGAGGGCGGCGAGGAGAUGGACCACAAGUUCGGCGUGGAGCAGCCCGAGGGCGACGAGGACCUCACCAAGGAGAAGGGGCACGGGGGCUGUGGGCGGUACCAGCCGCGCAUCCGCCGCUCGGGGCUGGAGCUGUACGCCGAGUGGAAGCACGUCAACGAGGACUCGCAGGAGAAGAAGAUCCUGCUGAGCCCCGAGCGCGUGCACGAGAUCUUCAAGCGCAUCUCGGACGAGGAGUGCUUCGUGCUGGGCAUGGACCCCAAGUUCGCCCGGCCCGAGUGGAUGGUGUGCACCGUGCUGCCGGUGCCGCCGCUGUCCGUGCGUCCGGCCGUGGUCAUGCAGGGCUCGGCCCGCAACCAGGAUGACCUGACCCACAAGCUGGCCGACAUCGUCAAGAUCAACAACCAGCUGCGGCGCAACGAGCAGAACGGGGCGGCCGCGCACGUCAUCGCCGAGGACGUCAAACUGCUGCAGUUCCACGUGGCCACCAUGGUGGACAACGAGCUGCCCGGCCUGCCCCGGGCCAUGCAGAAGUCGGGGCGCCCCCUCAAGUCGCUGAAGCAGCGGCUGAAGGGGAAGGAGGGUCGAGUUCGGGGCAACCUCAUGGGCAAACGCGUCGACUUCUCGGCCCGCACGGUCAUCACGCCCGACCCACAACUGGCCAUCGACCAGGUGGGCGUGCCGCGCUCCAUCGCGGCCAACAUGACCUUCGCCGAGAUCGUCACGCCCUUCAACAUCGACAGGCUGCAGGAGCUGGUGCGCAGGGGGAACAGUCAGUACCCGGGGGCCAAGUACAUCAUCAGGGACAACGGGCAGGAUCGACUGCGCUUCCACCCCAAGCCCAGCGACCUGCACCUGCAGAUCGGAUACAAG